AUGGCGCGCUUGGGAUAUCUGGUUCUGGCGUCACUGGCCUCUCUCCUGAGCCUGGCCCCGUCUGUCAGCGCUCAAGGUGACAAUCUGGGUCUUGGCAAUGGCUACACCACCCUCAAGACCCAGAACUUCGACCUCCAGCUUGCUCGUGAUGCACAAGUCCUGGCCUCUCUCAAGGCGGCCGGGGGGUCGUUCGACUUCCUCCCUUUCGACUAUCUGCCCUUCCGUGCUGGCAAUGGUCAGUACCACUGGGGGGAUGUGACCUUCCGAUACAGAACUGUCGGCAGCACGGCUUGGAUCAAUGGCGAUUCUGCGGCCGCUCGACAGCCGGUCAAGGUCGUCUCGGGCGCUGGGAACGGCACGAACGGGAAAAGACUGGCUGCGUCAAACUUGGCGCCGACGCUGCCAACCAACACCGCAGCUCUGAACCUCACCCGGGAGUGGCUUGAUGUCGACGGUGAUCUCGGCCUGUCCUUUACCCUGACCAACACCGGCAGCAGUUCCAUCGAAGUUGGCAGCCUUGGUUUCCCGGCCGAGUUCAACAGCAUCUUCACAAACCGCUCCGCGUCAGACACCCAACGGCUCUGCUCGCUGUCUGACCCCUACGUUGGCCUGCACGGAGGGCAUAUCCGCGUCGCGCCCAUCAACGGCAAUGGAGCGGCCUUGGUUGUCACCCCGCUUGGAGACACACCCCUGGAGGCCUACCGCAACCUGGCCGAGAGAAACUAUCCCGCCACAGCCUAUGGCAGCCAGGUCUUCGAGGGAUUCUAUGAGUGGCAGACCGUGACCAAGGCCUACGCGGAGAACGAGUGGAAAGGCAGUGUGCCUUGGAACACGCCCACCUCGCGCACCAUCGCGGCGGGACAGUCCUUGACAUUUGGCUUGAGGUUUUCGCUUGCCAAAGGCGGUGUCAGGGAGAUCGACGAUGCGGUCCAGGCCACGAAAACCCCGUACGUGCGUGGCGUGCCUGGCUUCAUUGUGCCCCAGGACCUGACGGCCCAACUCAUUGUGAACCCAGGAUCAGGUGGCAGCGUCUCUAAAACGGCCGUUGAACCAGCUGGGGCACUUACCCUGACACAGGCAUCGCCGGGCGUCUACAACGUGGCCCCCUCGUCCAGCGCCUUCGGCCGUGUGAAGGUCACGAUCACUUACACCAGCGGGCAGCUCCAGACCGUGCACUAUUUCGUCACCAAGUCCGGGCCGGCCACUCUUUCGAGCCUGGGCAACUUCCUGACCACGGAGCAGUACUACACCGACACGAGCGACCCCUUCGGCAGAGCGCCAUCUGUCAUCAGCUACGACUACAGCAAGAAGGCCAAGGUCCUCCAGGACUCCCGAGUAUGGAUCGCAGGGCUGUCAGACGAGGCCGGCGCCGGGUCAUACCUAGCCGCCGCGAUGAAGCAGGCGGCCCAGCCUAACGCACAGGAGAUGGCAAAGCUCGAGGCCUUUGUGGAUGGCGUGCUGUUCAAGACGAUCCAGCCAAACGACGGCAAGUUCACCGUCCGCAAGAGCGCCUUCUACUACGGCCUUUCUGGCUACCAGUACUCCACGGACUUCAACUGGGGCAGCUGGACGUCAUGGAACAAGCAGAGCGCCUACGCCACCGACCGAGCAUACAACUACGUCCACGUAGCUGCCGCGUACUGGGCCCUGUACCGCGCCGGGAGGGCGUACCCUGGGACCCUGACCAAGCACCCGUGGGACUGGUACCUCAACCAGAGCUACAGCACCGUCAUGGCUGCCAUGGCUCAGGACUCGAGGGGCAACUGGCUGGUAGGAUACUCCCAGGUCGGGCUCAUGGGAGAGACGGUGUUUGGAGAGCUCCUCCGGGACCUGAAGCGCGAGGGCUUCACUGCCAAGGCCACCGACAUUGAGGGCAAGAUGCGCUCGCGCGCCACACUGUGGAACUCGCAGGAGGACCCCUUUGGGUCUGAGAUGGCCUGGGAUUCGACCGGCCAGGAGGGUGUGUACUACUGGUCCAAGUAUUUCGGGAACACGGCCACGGCGCAGAAGACGCUGGGGACUGUCCUGGGCUUCCAGCCGACGGUUGCCCACUGGGGCUGGAACGGAAACGCGAGGCGGUACUGGGACAACAUCUACGGUGGCAAGCUCCAGCGCAUCGAGCGGCAGAUCCACCACUACGGUUCCGGCCUGAACGCGCUCGUCGCGCUGUCGGCGUUCCGCAGCAACCCCAACGACACGUACCUCCUCCGCAUCGGCUACGGCGGCAUGAACGGCCCGCUGUCCAACAUCAACAGCGACGGCUUCGCAGCCGCCUCGUUCCACUCCUUCCCGGACACGCUGGCCUGGGACGGGUACAGCGGCGACUACGGCCCCAACUUCCUGGGCCUGACGCUCGGCACGGGGUCGUACCUGGUCGAAGACGAGGACCUGGGUCUGGUGGCAUACGGAGGCACCGUCAGCAGCGGCACGGGCGGCGCGGUCAAGGUGACGCCCAAGGACGCGGCGCGGCGUAGGGCCUUUGUCGGACCGCUUGGGAUCCUGUUGGAGAUCGAUGCGGGCGUCAUAAAGGAGUUUUCGUACACGGCGGGCGACCGGUCUGUGUCAGUGACGCUGGGCCAGCUGGACGGAACUCCGACGGCAAACUCGACCAACAUCUGGGUGAGCAAGGAGUCCGGACAGGCGGGCUACACGGUCACUGGCACGGGUGUCACGGCGGCGAGGUUGGGGUGGCAGGUUCCUCUGAAUUCGGCAUCUGUCACGGUCAAAGUUGUACCUUCGUGA